UUUGUGUUUGUGUCUCCCAGAUUCUAAUUGCAGUUCACUCAAGGCUAUGAGUUGAGCUCUGCAUUAUGCAUUGGUUGAGGAUUAGGCUUUUACAGAUGCAAAUAAGUUGGACCGCUCAAGAAAUUUCAUUUAUAGUUGGUCUACUCUGCACGGUUCAGAUCACAGACAGUUAGUUUCCUUCCCUUUCCCUCCUACUCUCUCAUCUCAUUCUGAUGCAGCACUGAUGCACAUGACAGUAAUGAUGGGGUUUGGAUAACCAUGGCUGUUACCUCUCACCUUGAAAUUGCUUAACAUACUGCAUAUCUAUUUCUGGAGUUUUCUCCAUUGUGUGUGUAUCUGUGUGUGCGUCUGUGAGAGAGAGAGAGAGAGAGGGACUCUCACAUUGUAUGUCUUAAUUCCAUCUCUCCUAACACUUCACUCUUUGCAAGUCCCUAAUCCGACCAGCCUGUUUAAAAGGUGCCGCACCUCGUCAGGGGGCUGCAGAGAACACCUUACUUCUACAAGAGCCGUUCCACCGUCCAUCCUUUCUCCCUCAUUUCCACUUCAACUACACCAAAAGACUCCCUCAUAGUAGUUUAUUCUAAAAAGAGAGAGAGAGGCACAGACUGUUUCAUCCACUUUUAAGGUCUCAGAAGAAGAAAAGGCAUCAACACCCACAGCCAUGAAUGGCACAGAAGGACCCAACUUCUAUGUACCCAUGUCUAACAAGACUGGGUUGGUGCGCAGCCCAUUUGAGUACCCUCAGUACUACCUGGCUGAACCCUGGAAGUACUCUCUUCUUGCAGCGUACAUGCUGUUCCUCAUCAUUUCUUCCUUCCCCAUUAACUUUCUCACCCUCUACGUCACUGUCAAGCACAAAAAGCUGAGGACCCCGCUGAACUAUGUUCUGCUCAACCUGGCGGUGGCCGACCUCUUUAUGGUAGUUGGGGGCUUCACGGUCACUCUCUACACGGCCCUGCAUGGAUAUUUCGUCUUAGGUGUCAGCGGCUGCAAUAUUGAAGGAUUCUUUGCCACAUUAGGAGGAGAGAUUGCUCUCUGGUCUCUGGUGGUUUUGGCUAUUGAGCGCUAUAUUGUGGUCUGUAAGCCGAUGACCAACUUCCGCUUUGGAGAAAAACAUGCCAUGGCUGGCCUGGGUUUCACAUGGGUCAUGGCCCUGACCUGUGCUGCUCCCCCUCUCUUUGGAUGGUCCCGGUAUAUCCCAGAGGGAAUGCAGUGUUCCUGUGGGAUUGACUACUACACUCCCAAGCCUGAGAUCAACAACACCUCGUUCGUCAUCUAUAUGUUUGUCCUCCACUUCUGUAUCCCCCUGUUCAUCAUCUUCUUCUGCUACACUAGCCUCCUCUGCACUGUGCGAGCGGCUGCAGCUCAGCAGCAGGAGUCUGAAACCACCCAGAGGGCAGAGAAAGAAGUGACUCGCAUGGUCAUUGUCAUGGUGAUCUCCUUUUUGGUAUGCUGGGUGCCCUAUGCCAGCGUGGCUUGGUACAUCUUUGCCAAUCAGGGAACUGAGUUUGGGCCAGUAUUCAUGACUGCUCCCGCCUUCUUCGCCAAGAGUGCCGCUCUGUACAACCCAGUCAUCUACAUCCUGCUAAACAGACAGUUCAGAAACUGCAUGAUCACCACGGUGUGCUGUGGAAAGAACCCAUUUGGAGAAGAUGAGGCUGCUGUCUCCAAAACUCAGACUUCAUCCGUCUCUUCAAGCCAGGUGGCCCCCGCUUGACCUGUGCUCCCUUUCUCACCCUCUUCUGUCCCAUCUGUGCCUGCCUCAGAUGGGGACCCACCACCGCCAAGCAGCACUACCUUCAAUCAGCCAAUCCUCUUGACUUACCUCUCCUUUUGUCUUCUCUGCAGUGUCGCCACUGCACCUUCAAGCGGGACUGACGCAUUUAAAAACCAGCAUGUGUGUUUUUAAUCCAUUUAAUUAUGGAGGGUUCAGCUGGUCUCACAGAUUUUAACCUGGCAUCCAAAGGGGUGACCACUUGGUGGUCAUCCAACUGAGCACCAUAUGAGCUCUCCACUUUCCAAAAACACACAAAAUGGGUAAAAAUCCAACUGUAAGUAAUUAUCACAGCUAAUUAUGUAUCCAAAAACGUGCUUUAAACAAUCAAUUAUAUGAGUGGAAUUCUGUUUAGAUAAUCAGAUGAGUUUUUAAGCUCUACCCUGUCUCUCUAACUCUAUUCUAGUUGCCGUGUUGAUCAAGCUGAGAAGGUUAGCUUCUUGGUAUUGUCUGAGAUGAUUAGUGUAAAGAAAAAUGGACCUCCUGCAAGAGUCUGUACAUGUGUGAGUUGGAUGUUUAUGUAUGUGAAUGUCAGAAUGCUAGUGUGUGAAUUAAGGUGAAACAGGAAUAUUACUGUAAUGGCUAGGAUUUGUGGCAGUUGUUCUGUGUCCUGCAAUAAAAACAAAGCUAAAUGUCUGCACGACCCCCCCUGCCCCUUACUCGUUUUCUUCACGAGAACAUUUACAAGGAUUUCUGAGAAGUUCCAGAUGCUAGCUUGUGGGCUUUUAGGUGGCAGGCCAAAUCAUAA